CCACUCCCUUAUCGGGGGUAGAAAUGCUCGAAGAACUACGUGAAUUCUAUAAUGUCUUUGGAAAAGGCCAAAAGAAAAGGCCUCGGCAUAAUGACGGUCCAUGGAAGAAAAGAUCCAUCUUUUUUGAAUUGCCAUAUUGGGCACAUAAUAAAUUGAGGCACAAUCUUGACAUGAUGCAUAUAAAGAAGAACAUAUGUGAUAGUUUGCUUGGGACUUUGUUAGAUAUACCUGGAAAAUCCAAGGAUCAAAAUUCUCGCUAUGACUUGCAAGAAAUGGGGAUACGCAAGGAGCUUCAACCAUUAAAAGAUGAUAAAAAAUGGAAAAGUUCAUCUAGCUAAAGCUUGUUACUCUAUGAAAUCGGAAGAAAAAAGAUUAUUUUGCACUGUCUUAAAAAAUGCCAAAUUACCAAAAGGGUGUGCCUCAAAUAUAUCACAUCGAGUGCAAGUGGAUGAGAUGAAAAUAUUAGGAUACAAGAGCCAUGAUGCUCAUUUCAUAAUGCAUUACUUGCUCCAAGUUGCGGUUAUAAAAGUGUUACCCAAGAAUGUCUCUUUGGCCUUGAUUAGGUUGGGUAAUUAUUUUAGAACCAUGUGUAGUAAGGUUGUAAAGCAAUAGGAUCUUGAUAAAAUGCAGUCUGAAAUUAUAGAUAUAGCAUGUGACCUCGAAACAAUUUUCCCGCCAACCUUUUUUGAUAUAAUGACACAUUUGCCUAUCCAUUUAGUAAAUGAAAUUAAGCUUGGCGGUCCGACUCAUUUAUGUUGGAUGUAUCCCUUAGAGAGAAACCUGUGUAAGUACAAAGCAUUUGUUCGUAAUCGAACUCAUCCAGAAGCAUCAAUAGCAGAGGGAUUUUUGGCAGAAGAGUGAUUGAACUUUUGUUCGAGAUACUUACAUGAUGGGGUGAAGACAAGAUUCAGUCGCUAUCAAACUGAGGAUGAUGAAGGCAUUCAAAUAGAGGGAGAUAAUUCUUCACCUAUAUUUCCUAAUAUAGGCCAUCCAAUCGGAAGUAAGAAUAAAAGGAAAGGCAAGACUUUUGACAUGGAUUUACAGUUAUGGUCUGAAGCACAUCGAUAUGUUUUGUUCAAUACUGGAGAUGAACAAGUUGAGGCAUUUAUCAAGUUAUAUACCAACAAGUGUUACUGAUUGUAGAUUACAAUCCAUGUAAGUUGCAUAAAGUUUAUUUUUCAAGUAAGUGGCACAAAUUAUUUCAAGUACUUAUUAUAGAUAUAAUGCUCAUGCUUUUUCUUCCUUUUUUUUGUAAUUUUCAGUGUCAUUAUUGUGUCGUCUACCUGAUUCUUCAACUAACCUUCUUCUAACCUGAUUAGCUUUGAUUGUCUUACAUAUACAGAUUUAGAUAGUUAUGGGUCAAGAAGGGUCUUCAAGAAAAAAUAAAAAAGGAAAAAGUCUGUCAUAUGUUCAAGCUGGAAGUUUGUCAUGUUUGGCAAAAAAAAGAGAAUGUCAUUUACAACAAAAGAAACUGUUCAAACUAUACGGUUAGAGAAAGAGCAUCUGUUAAAAUUAAUUGAAGAACAACCAAUAAUAGGACCACGAUCUGAAGCAAAUGAACGACAUGUAGAGGAGCAAUCUUUAGAGGAGCAAUCUGUAGAGGAGCAAAUUGUAGAUGAGCAGAUGCAAAUAGAUUCUACCACUCCUACAGCUAAUGAACAAUCUGAAGAACAAGCUUCUGGUCUUGAGACUCAAAAAAGAAAGAGAGGCAGGACACAAAUGCGUAGUGUCCAUGGCCGAAAGGUGCGUAAGGUGAUCACACUUAACAAUCUCAAUCAGCCCAUUGGUCCUUCUAAAAAAGAUGUAAGAGAGUUUGGUAGCUUCCUUGGUACAUUGGCAAGGACUGCAACCCUUUGCCCACUGGAUAUAUUGGACUGGAGGAAAAUGGACACAAAAGAUGAUUUAUGGACAUAUACCAAGUCGAAGUAUGAUAUUCCAGAUGCUGCAAAAAAUGGACUUUAUAUUCAAUUGGAAAUGCUUGGAGAAGGAAUAAAAGUCAACUGAAGAAAGAUCAUUAUGAUGCCUAUCAAAAUGAUGAUGUUCGAACGACAAAAAGGCCCGAUUAUAUACCAGAAUAUCAGUUUAAAGAACUCCUGAAAUAUUGGAGUUCUGAUAAACUACAGGUGGAGAACAUGAACAAGGAGACGAAAGUGAUGAAGAUCUGACUUAGGAGUAUUAGCUUGAUUCAUGAAGAAACUUUACAUAUGAUGUAGGAAUGUUUUGUUUUUGAACACUUUGGAAACUUAUGUGUUCCAAUUCACUGGCAAAUAUUGUUAUAUAUUUUGCUUUUUUGGAUAUUACACCUACCUGGAUUCUUAUUUUA